GUUUAAAUGUCGACUUUUCUUGGGUAGUCUCAUGAUUUAGACCGCACCAAAUUCACAAUGGCGGACAAGGAAGCAACUGUGUAUAUUGUGGACGUUGGGAGGUCCAUGGCAGAAUGUCGCAAUGGCCGUUCAGUGACUGAUUUUGAAUGGGCCAUGCAGUAUGUCUGGGACCGCAUUACAGGGACAGUGGCCACUGGCCGUAAAACUGCCAUGAUGGGUGUGAUCGGACUCAGGACAGUUGAGACGUCCAACGAACUCGAAGAUGACUUGCAUUUCUCUAACAUCUCAGUUCUGUCAAACAUCAAACAGUUUCUUAUGCCAGACAUUCGAAAACUAGAGGAUGAAUUGAAACCAAGCAAAACGGACAAGGGAGACGCUAUUUCUGCUAUUAUCUUGGCAAUUCAGAUGAUCGUCACUCAUUGCAAGAAGUUGAAAUACAAGCGCAAGAUCGUCUUGGUCACCAACGGACAGGGGCGCAUGAGCGAUGAGGACCUGGACGAGAUAGUGAAAAAGGUCAAGGAGGAUAACAUCGAACUUGUUGUUAUGGGGAUUGAUUUCGAUGACCCUGAGUAUGGUUACAAAGAAGAAGACAAAGACCCUCGCAAGGCCGAAAAUGAAACACUCUUGCGUACCCUCGUGGAAGAUUGUGAUGGAGUCUAUGGAACAUUCGAGCAGGCUGUGGCUGAACUGGACAUUCCCCGUGUCAAGUCUGUUAGGUCAAUGGCAAGCUUCAAAGGAUAUCUCCAACUAGGUAACCCAGAGGAGUAUGACUCUGCUCUCCGCAUUCCUGUCGAAAGGUACUAUCGGACUUACCCGGCCAAGCCGCCGACCGCAAGUUCUUUCGUCCUGCGCUCAGAGCCUGAAGCUGGACAGGAAGAGGCGGAUUCAUCUGAGGCUGCUGCCGCCCAAAAAGGGAGCCAGUCUGGUGAUGCUGGACUCACAACUGUGAGGACCAUGAGAACAUAUCAAGUUGAAGACAAAAGUGCACCGGGUGGGAAAAUCGACAUCGAACGAGAUGACCUCGCCAAAGGAUAUGAGUAUGGACGGACAGCAGUUCACAUUAGCGAAACUGAUGAGAACAUCACGAUACUCGAUACAUUCGCAGGGUUGGAGUUGAUGGGCUUCAUCCAAACAGAUCAGUAUCAACGUUAUAUGCACAUGUCCAACACAAACAUCAUAAUCGCACAACGUGCCAAUGACAAAGCAGCUCUUGCCCUUUCAUCCUUUAUACACGCGCUUUUUGAGCUAGAAUGCUAUGCUGUUGCUCGUCUAGUUAUGAAAGAGAACAAGCCACCAAUUAUAGUCUUGCUCGCGCCCUCGAUCGAGCCCGAUUACGAGUGCCUCCUCGAAGUCCAGCUACCAUUCGCGGAAGAUGUCCGAACGUAUCGCUUCCCUCCUCUGGAUAAGGUGAUUACUGUUUCUGGAAAGGUUGUGACGCAACAUCAGAAUCUUCCUAAUGGCGAUUUACUCGAUGUGAUGGGCAAGUACGUGAAUAGUAUGGAGCUUGUCGACACAGAUGAAGAUGGGAACCCAGUGGAGACCUUCCCUAUCGACGACUCGUACUCGCCUGUUUUGCACCGGAUUGACGCCGCCAUCCGUGCUCGGGCUAUACAUCCUGACCAGCCCAUACCUCCUCCCUCAGAGAGACUGACAAAAUUCUCACAUCCGCGAGAGGAUCUCAUCCAGAAAUCGCAGAAACACCUAGAGAAGUUGAUCGAGAUAGCCGAUGUUAAGAAGGUUCCUCCCAAAGCGAAGGGCCGCAAGCGCACUCGCGAAGCCGAAAAGCCGCUCUCUGGACUCGACGUCGACGCCCUGCUUCAUCACGAAAAGCGCGCCAAGAUAUCUCCCAACAAUGCCAUUCCCGAGUUCAAGCAGACUCUUGCACAAGCCGAGAAUAUUGAGGCCAUCAAAGACGCUACAAAGCAGAUGAUGACCAUCGUUGAAGAUCAAAUCAAACACAGUCUCGGUGAUGCUAACUACGACCGGGUCAUUGAAGCGCUGGGAAUGAUGCGUGAUGAGUUGGUAUCUUACGAAGAGCCUACCUCGUACAAUGACUUCCUGAGCCAGCUUAAAGAUAAGUUGUUGCAGGAGAAGCUUGGAGGAGAUCGACAAGAGCUGUGGUGGCUUAUUCGACGAAGCAAGCUGGGACUUGUCACCCAGCGCGAGUCGGAUCAAUCUAGAGUUACCGAUACGGAGGCCAAAGAAUUCAUGUCCGCAAAAUGAAUGUUGAGCAGGUGGUUCCAGAUUGGGCUGGACGACAACCGAUAUGACAAGUAAACGAUAUCAUUAUAAUAAUGCCAUAACUCCCCUUUCAAAUCCCAUGCUCGCUAGAGUAGACCAACCAGGCCAAAGCGUAGGAUGCCUGUAGAACGCUCCAAAUGGUACAAAAUGAUACAGGGGCAUAGACCCGACUAGGAUAUCUUCCCUAUCCUCUUCUUCCCAAUAUCGAUUUUACGGUUUACCCGUUCAGCAUCCUCAUUAGCUAUCGACAGAAGGGCGUUCUGAAUCUCCACCUCCUCAUUGAUAGCAAUGCCCAAUUCCUUCUGCCUUCGUAUAAUCUUCAACAACUCCUCCACACUCUGAUCCUGGUCUUCCAUAGUCUGCCUCUGCAACUGAAGCACUCCCUGGUUAUCCAGUUCCCGCGUCCUCUCGGUCUCCUUCCCCAAAACCCUCCCCGACCUCGCGGGCUUCCUACUCGCACUCCCAACCAGCGCCUCCUUAUCCUGCGCUGAAGCUACCGCAUUAUCCACCCGACUCUUAGCCGCCAUAGCAUUCAACAAAUCCUCCAACCCAUCCUUCUCCUUCCGCGCAUUAAUAAGAAGAUCCUUCCUCCGCCGCAACUCCCCAUCCCCCAACGAACUACCCC